AUUCCCCAACGACGCCAUCCACAGCCUCUCCUCAUUACGCCACGUACUUCGAACAAGAGCCCCAAGUUCGACAGUCUCUCUGAACUACCAUCGAGCCUCCUGCUACGCGUUCCUAGAUCUUCCUUCAUUAUCUACAACAUACUUGGAUCAACCUUGAAUAUGGCAUCCCACGAAGCUCUCACGAAUGAUAUUCGGAUUGGAGUAACAGCGGGAACCAAUGUCCCAGAGGAAGUGGAACAGAGCCAUUUAACCAACCAACUCCUUCAGUUUGCACAAGCAGCACCUGUUUCGAUCAUCCGGAUCCCAGCAGACGUCUUUACUUCGCUUUUGCAGAGUCUCAAUGGCCUCCAAAGUUCCAUUGCAGACCUGAAGAAUGAGAACCGAGAAUUAAAGCAUUGUCACAAAACCUUCCAAAGUUCCAUCUCCAACCUGAAUGGCGAAGUUCGAGAACUGCGCGAGGCCCAGAGCCAAGCCAACCACAAUGUACAGAAGUUGCAACUUCAUUCUGGUAUGGAUUUCGCCUUGUUCCCAAAGCUACCUCCAGAGACUCAGCGAAUCAUAUGGGGACACUGCGCCAAUAUUUCGCGAGUUGUAGGGGUUAAGGCAAUCGUGGACAGGAGAUCUGGUGAGUGGGUCCUUGUUCCGACCACACUUCGCUGUCAACUCUUGGCCGUAUGUAAAGAAGCACGCAGCGAGGCAUCGAAGAUCAUAUUGCCACUGAAAAUUUUCUGCGUACAUGGCUUAGAGAAUAUGAAGGUUCCGGAAAUCUUCCUUAAUCCGGCUACAGACAUUGUAUGGUUAACUACCAGGUUGCAAAACAGCCCGUAUACUGGUGUUGAGGACUUGGUUAUGUGCCGCAUUGGGGGCAAACCGCACCAGAAAUUGGCUACGAAAGUGGCUCUGCCCUACGAUUGUUGGCAUGAAAUGAUGGCGACCGAUAACCUGGGCAUCAUGGGGCGCCUUCAAAUCUUAGGCACGGAAGAAGUCAUUUUAGUUGUUGGGGAUGAUUCUGCUUCCAAAUCCCCGGAUAUCGUUUUCGUCGAGCCCAAAAAGACACUAAAAUCGAGAUCCGAAUUCUUGGAAGAAAUCGGUUUCUUGAAUGACGAUAUUACUUGGGAGGAGAAGAACGAGGCAGAGAUGAAGUUCCUGACAGCUUUCCAAGCCGAACGAGCUGUAGCUAGACACCAAUACUUUCUUAGCACCGGCCUCCGGAAUGCAGAUGAUGUUGACUAUAAUGCCAUGGGGUUGUACCACUUCUCGACGCGGACCGUCAAGAGCAUUCGAUACGUGCAAGCGACGACCAUGACCGAGCUUCGGAAAGCACGCGGUUGAUUGACCUCAAUGGUAACUUUGGACGUCCGGGAUAUCCAAGCGGCCGUUGGUGGUUUCUCGGCAGCCGGGCAGCCUUUCUCGAUUGGAAAAAUCGCAUAAAUUUCGUUCGGUAAUACCGGGAGAUUGGGCUUGGAGGUUCUUUCUUUGAUCUUCAUUUCGGCAAUGGGCACUGAGAACUGGGAGCUAGGUGGA